CCCACCCACAUCACGUGGCCGGAUGUAUUUCGGUGGAGAAACAGGAAGCGUUACCGCAGGGAGAGAGAGAGCGAGAGAGGGAGGUGGAGUGGAGUGCUUGAAUGAAACAGACAGGCCCGUGGAACGCUGCCAUCACUCAAAUCAGGACAGCACUGACCACGGCUGGGAUGUGGGUGGCAUUAUGAGCGUGAAAGCUUUUGAGCUGGUUCCCGCCGUGGAGCGGGAACAAGUGAUGGGCGAAAAGGUGCGGAUAAACAUCGAAUGCAUCGAGUGCUGCGGCGUACACCUGUACCUUGGCACCAAUGACUGCUUCAUUCAUCACUUCCUACUAGAGGAGCGCACUACAACCAAAGGUAAGCUGGCUUACAAUGCCCAGAAGCUCCUCCACAAAUACCUGGGCCUGAAGAAGCCAGUGACAGAGCUGAAGGCUGCCUCAGCUUUAGAACGUCUAAUCGUCCUCUGUGACUCAACCAUCACUGUUGUGGACAUGGUUACUCUGGAGCCUGUGCCCACCGGGGGCACAAAGCUCAAAGGUGUGACUGCGUUUUGCAUCAACGAGAAUCCAGUGACGGGGGACGCAUUCUGUGUGGAAAUGGCGGUGGUUUUGGCACGCAGAAGGGCCGUCCAGAUCUGUACGGUCCAUGAGGACAGAGUGCAGAUGUUAAAGGAAGUGACCACUCCAGAGCAGCCCUGUGCCCUGAGCCUGGACGGAUACAAUAUCUGUCUAGCUCUGUCCACACAUUAUAUGAUUCUCAACUACAGCACAGGAGCCUCACAGGACCUGUUCCCUUACAACUGUGAAGAAAGGAAACCCAUUGUUAAGAGGAUUGGCCGGGAAGAGUUUCUCCUGGCUGCGCCAGGUGGGCUUGGGAUGUUUGCUAAUGCAGAGGGCAUAUCUCAGCGUGCUCCGGUGAGCUGGUCAGAGAGUGUGAUAGCGGCGGCUGUGUGUUUCCCGUAUGUGGUCGCACUGGAUGAAGGCUUUGUGACAGUUCACAGCAUGUUGGACCAGCAGCUCAAACAGACUCUGUCAUUCAGAGAUGGACAACUUCUACAGGAUUUUGAAGGUAAGGUGGUGCUGGCCUCUUCAAAAGCGGUGUAUAUACUGGUCCCUCUUCCUCUGGAGCAUCAGAUCCAAGACCUGUUGGCAAGCCAUCACGUUGAAGAGGCCCUGACCCUCACCGAGGCGGCACAGAGAAACAUUCCCAAAGAAAAAUAUCAGAUAUUGCACAAAAGAAUUCUCCAGCAAGCAGGAUUCAUCCAAUUUGGCCAGCUUCAGUUUUUAGAAGCAAAAGAACAUUUUAGGAAAGGACAGCUGGAUGUAAGGGAGCUGAUCUCUCUUUAUCCUCUGCUCCUUCCCGCCUCUUCCUCGUUCACACGUUGCCAUCCACCGCUUCAUGAAUUUGCUGACUUGAACCACCUGACUCAAGGGGACCAGGAGAAGGUACAGCGCUUCAAACGUUUCCUCAUUAGCUACCUGCACGAGGUGCGCAGCAGCGACAGCGCUAACGGUUUCCGUGAAGAUGUAGAUACAGCACUGCUGAAGCUCUACGCAGAGACCGGCCACGAGAGUCUUCUGGACCUUCUAGCCUCCGAUAAUGCCUGUCUCCUGGCAGACAGCGCCCCCUGGCUGGAGAAGCACCACAAGUAUUUUGCUCUUGGACUUCUAUAUCACUACAAUGGUCAAGAUUCUGCUGCUUUACAGAUGUGGGUGAAGAUCGUCAGCGGAGAUCUCCAGGACUCAACGCGACCAGAUCUGUUUGAAUAUGUUGUCGAUUUCCUUAGUUUUUGCUCCAACCUUGAUCUUGUGUGGCGGCAUGCAGACUGGGCACUACAGAAGGACCAAAGGACAGGUGUCCAGAUCUUCACCAAACGGCAUACCUCAGAGGAGAAGGAGGGUCAGUUAAACCCAGAUGACGUGAUCACGUAUUUGCAGAAGCACAGUCAAGCCCUUCUGCUCUACCUGGAGCACCUGGUUCUAGAGAAGAGAUUGCAGAAAGAGAAGUACCACACACAUCUGGCUGUGCUGUAUGCAGACAGAGUGCAGGGUCUGAUCUCACGACCAUCAGCCACCGAUGACCAGCUGUCUGCUGCCCGCCAGAAGCUACAACGCUUACUCAAAGAGUCUAAUCUGUACAGGGUCCAGUUACUAUUAGGUAAAAUUCAGGACUCUGAGAUGCUGCUGCUUGAGCGAGCUACACUACAUGGGAAGUUAGAGGAACAUGACAAGGCCUUGCACAUUCUAGUGCACCGGCUCAAAGACUCGGCUGCAGCUGAGGAUUACUGCUCUUGGGCCUCUGCGUCUCACGACCAGUCCUACUGUCAGAACCUUUUCCACCAACUCUUGAGCGUUUACUUGGACCCAGAUGUUCCAGGAGGGGCACAGACAGUAGCUGCCGUUGACUUGCUUAACCGGCACGCUGAAGAUUUUGAUGCGGUGCGUGUGUUAAAGCUGCUCCCAGAAGAGUGGUCUCUACCAUUACUCCGUCCUUUCCUGUGCGGGGCGCUGAGGGCUAGUGUGCAUGGACGGUGCACUUCCCAGAUUGCAGUGGGGCUGGCCAGAGCACACAACCUCCAGCUUCAGCAUGACAGGCUGAAGUAUCGAGGCGGCCCAGUUGUAGUGUCUGAAAAGAAAGGAUGCCAGCUGUGCCACAAUACCUUUAGCGAGCCAGACUGUGCCUGCUUGCCCGGCGGAACGCCUGUUCACAUUCACUGUGUUGCCAAGAAAGCCCUGAACUUACCAGUAGAGCGACAACAUGAAAACGCCCACCGCAGCAACCACACAUGAAGCUGAUCAGUCCACGGGGCAGUCGACACAUGCUGGCGUCGCACACACAGGGAGAAGGCUGAGUGCAUAGAGCAGCCAUUCAGAGCCCACGCCAGAGCACUUGGUGCGACCAGGACCUGCUUUCUCUGUGUGUGAGAGGAGUCUGUCAGCAAAUGAGUGUCUGAUCAAUACUAUUUAUUCCAUAAUCCUUUUGUGUGUACACACAACACUGACAAUGAAAAUCUGACAUUGUCUUUUGGUUGGUCUUUUUAGCAUUGCCUUACGAUGACUGGUCCAGUGGCUGUCUUUGCUUUUAAAUGGAUGGUGUCCAUAAUAACUAUUGUUUGCAAGCUGUUUGGGGUCAAAAUACUGGUGUCUUGACUGUCUGAUCUCUGUGAACAGAAUUAUCAAAAAUUAGUUUGUGGUCAAUAGUUUUCAUGAAACCAACAAAACACCAAAGCAGUAAAGGGAGAAAUGCUCAUAAAAAUAUCAUCAUCAGGAAUACGGUUUGUGGUCAUCAUAGCCAUUUUCAACAAUUUAAUAGAGGUAAAAAGGGAAGAGUUCCCAUGUUCACUUAAAGUCCGAUCUGGAAAAACUUUCAAGUUACAUGUAAGAUUCUGCAAUGAAUGUUUAUGAAUAAUGAGCACAACCCAGGAAAGAUUUUCCUUGUGUUUGUCUCUCUCUCCCUCAUUUUCACGUCGAAAGUUGAUUUGGCUUGAUAUUUCCCGUUGUCAAGUUUAAGUGAUAUUUAGUCCAAUUGUAGCUCUAUCAAACAAACCGGUGGACUAGGGCUGAGCUGUGUUUGUGUACAUGUUAUAACUAAAUGCUGAAAUGCAUAUAUUCCAUCCAAUCGUUCGUUUCUCAAAUGCAUGUGGUGAUAUGGACACAAGUCCUCUUAAGAAUGCUCAUUUUUAAUGAUCAAAAAAUGUUUUAACAUGAUCCAUUUUUUGUGAUUUUUAGGGAGGCACGAUAGCAAAUAGCUGUGGAAUGUUUUGCUUGAGAAUAAUCUUGAACCUCAUAUUCGAAGAAGUUUUUGGAAAAUAUUUUGUCUGAGAGUUGAAAGAAGUUGGAUUUUUAAAGGUGGAAUAAGUGAAGAGUGAAAGAUGGGGAAAAAAGCAUGGAUUAAACACUGCCUACUUAAUAUAAAUACUUAAAAUGACCUCUGCUAUGAUGAGGGAAAGUUGGGAUGACUAUUUGCCUUGAUGUUUUUACAGAAACGGUUUGUCAUUCUGGUCACUAGCUACAAGGAUGAUGGUAAAUUCUAUUCAAAAAUGUUUUUUUCCACAGUUAAGUACAUAAAUGACUUUGGGUAUCGUACACCAUAUAUUGAUUUGUUAAUCCGGCACAAUGCCUGUGUUGUAAAGUGUAUGUGUGCUACUGGUUCUUUGCUUUGAUUUGCAGAUGCAUUUUUCCUAAAAAAAAAAAAGUUCAUUUCGUCAUAUGUGCAACCAAAUCAGUCUAAAGAAAGACUGUAAAUUGUUUCAUCUUGAGAAAUUACAAAUGGAAACCCUCGUUGCUACAUCUCUUUAUAUCCUCAAAGUAUUUUAUACAUAGAAAUAUACAUAGAUACUGGUCUGUACAUACUGUAUUAUUAACUGUUUGUUGCUUUGUAAAUCAAUGCCGGUGUGGGUGGAAUGUACAGAUUGUAAAGACGUCCAUUUUAAUAAACAAGACUAUACCUAA